UCGCGUUUCGUGUUCCAUGGCCGUAGGCUGUAGCAGAAUAACAUCAUCGGCCAUUAUUGUGAAUCGUGAAUUGGGACUGUCUUGCAAGAAUCUUCAGAGUUACAGUAGCAGUUCGUGUUUAUCGAGGUUUUAAUAUAAGACGAAAUAUGCACACGAUUACGGAGCUUGGUGCCAGCGUUCCAGCGUUUCUAGGCAAGUUAUGGAAACUUGUCGAGGAUCCAGAAACCGACGACCUUAUUUGCUGGGCACCCAGUGGAACAAGUUUUUUUAUCCGCAACCAGGCACAGUUUGCUCGAGAGUUACUGCCUCAUUAUUACAAGCAUAACAACAUGGCAAGUUUUGUCCGGCAGCUUAACAUGUAUGGAUUUCACAAGAAAGUAUCCGUUGAAUUAGGAGGGUUGAAGUGUGACAAGGAUGAAAUGGAAUUUGCACAUCAGUAUUUCUGUAAAGGACAUCCUUGCCUCUUGGAGCAUAUCAAACGAAAAAUAGCGUCCAGCAAAAGUCAAGAUACGGCGCAACCCAUAAUAAAACCAGAACUUAUGAACAAAAUGUUGACGGAAGUAAGAAGCAUGCGUGGUCGACAGGAACACCUCGACUCUAGGUUGGGCACGAUGAAACGAGAAAAUGAAGCUCUGUGGAGAGAGCUGGCAAUGCUCAGGCAGAAGCACAUCAAGCAGCAACAGAUUGUCAACAAACUGAUCCACUUCUUGGUCACACUUGUUCAACCAUCGAGGAACGGAGGAGCAGGAGGUCUUUCCGUCAAAAGGCGAUAUCCUCUGAUGAUCGAUGAUCCCAAUCGUCAGAGAGCCAAACAAAGCAAAAUGUCAAAUGUUAAGGUCAACACAUCGCCUACAGGUCCAGUUAUACACGAGCUAGAUCCAACCGACCAAGAGUUAGAGCCAGAAUAUAUUGUUGCAGAAAUUUUAGAGCAUGGCGCCAGCCCUUCAGUCCAAAGUCCCGACGCCCGUGGCACAUCUUCUCCAAAUGAAGACAAUAUACAGUUCACUACGUCCCCCAGUCCCAUCCACAGAACGGAAGAUGUGCAUUUGAACAGCCAUCAACAAGAUGUUGGUUGCAAAAAGAAUCGCGGCAGUAAAGGGAAGAAGCCAAAUGACUGCGUUUUGAACGCUGCCAGGAGGAAAAACAAGGUGCCCGUCAAAAUUCUGAUUCCGCCGCUGGAACAGGGCGAAAAUACCAGGGAAGAAACGCUGUAUCUUGAUGUGCCUGCGACGACUUCCAGUAGUCCUCCGCCUGAGAAAACUUUACCAGUCGAAAUUAAGAGGAACAUGAAACCCGUUCCAUUGGCUGUAGUUCGGAGUUCUAAACUAGCCGCAAUGGCUGCAAAUAUGAAGUCCUCAACCGAUUUUGACAUUGACUUGGAUAUCGACAGCGUUGGCAGUGCAGAAGAUGACCGAAUCGUGGAUAAUGUAUCACCUACAGAAAAAUUACAGAAACUGGACGAGAUACUGCUGAUUCCUGAUACAAUUGAGAACGAUAACGAAGAUGUUAGUGAUGAUGAAGCUUACAAAGAUUUACCGAGUCAGGAAAGAUCCACUGGUAAUGAAGCUGACAACUGGAUCAAGAAUCGAGAAGUCAUCACAAAUAACAACGGAGAAGGAAGUAGCGCAGCAUCUAGCGAUUUAUCAUUGAGUUGUUUAAAUGAUCCAAUUAGGUUAGGACCUACGGACGAAGUGGACAACCACGUGGAAACUGUGCAGUCUGAGUUGGAUAACUUGAGAGAAUUGCUGCGAGGCGAGGGUUACAGCAUUGACGCCAAUGCUCUAUUGGGAUUAUUUGGUGCCGAUGAUCCGAUGUCGUUUGGGAUCCCAAUGAAUCCAGAACUUGACCCACAUGCGCAGAUGCAUAGAGAAAGAGAAGGAGAUGAUAUGGAGCUUAACGGAGGCGGAGAACUCAUGACAUACAAUCCUCCUCAAAAUUUCCUUGAUUUUGAUAAUGAUAUAUUUUUGGGAGCAACCUCUUCGCUAUCAUCCCCACUGAAUAAUUCGACAAACAAUUAUCAAGAUUCUUACGACUUUGAAGACAGUAAGGCAUCACUUUUAGAGUCGUUGAAUGCUGUUAACGACAACCUAGAAUCCUCUUAAGUCUUCUUCUGCGGUGAGCACAUAGAUUUACAGUCAAGUUCUUUAAUAAACGCUCGACAUUGUCUGAUUGAUGUGCGAUUGAACAAAUAAUUAAAAAGUUAAUCGAAAUUGUUUUAUUUAAGUAUCUAUAUACAUGAAUAUGUAUAACUAUGUUAUUAUAUUCACGUUUUUAGGAUGCAAUGAAUUUCUAUCGUGGCUGCCAAAUUUCUUGACAAUUUUUAAUAGACUGCAAUCCCUUUUAAUAGAUCACGUUUGAGUUUCAAAAUGAAGUCUCACUUUCCUUGGCAUUAUGUAAUCUCUCUAUACUAUAGUAUUGAUUAUAAAAGAAGCACAGUAAAAUGAGAAACAAUUGACAAAUACAUUGCAUAGUUACGAUAAAUGUAGAGUUACGUCGAUAAUUUCAUUAUUUUCAAAAUAUAGAAAUAGAGUUGACGGAAAACAUUCAUCAGUUUCAUUGAAUGCUUAUUUUUUUGCAUACUGAUAGUUUUUAUUUAUGUAUUUUUUUUUCCACAACUGCAGGUACUGUUCAGUCGCAAUACAUUCAGAAAAUUAAAAGAACUGUAAAGAUUGGCUAUAUUAAAGAAUAACGGUGAUUAGUCAAGUCUCUUGAUUGAAUGUGGUAUUUGAAAAAGGUAUUUUCUGUAAAUAUUCCCUAAAAUACCUAUAUAAUCAGAGGCUGAUGAAGCAAAACAUUUAUAGUGAUAAUUUUAUGCACUAAAAGCAAAAAAGCAAAAAUAUCAUUGCAUUUGGUCCAAACUGUUACUUAUAAUUAAAACUGACUUUAGAUUUUAUAGGUGACUAUAUGUUUUACCAUAUAAUAUAUUGAUAUAUAUAUUUCUUAAUAAUCUCAUAGUUGCCAAUAGAAUUCAUUCAAACAAUGCAAGCUUGGAUAAGUCUGAAAAUUGUUGUGUUAACGUGUGACACGAUUGAUUGUCUAAAAAAUACUGGCAACCAGUUGAAGAAAAAAUGACAUACCACCGAUAGAUUAAUAAGUUCCAUCUGUUCUUCAAUAUUUCUGAUAAUCGAUAAGUUGGCUCACUUUGUAUCAGUUUCUUAAAUUUAAUUUUGAUACUAAAACACUUGAAGGAUACUUGUACAGUAUUCUUAUACAUUUCCAAUGUAGAAAUCAUGUAUCAAUUUAAUUAAAACUGUUACAAAAGAUUAUGAGUUCAACUUUGAUGGGUAAAUUUAAGUUCAUUAUUACUUAAACGUUUUGAUUGAAAAUGUCCAGUUACAAGGCUCAAAUUUUUGUUAUGAUAUAAUUAAUCGGCACAAAGUAAUGGUCGUUGACUGUUAGAUUAACACAGGUCCUUCGAUGAUAGAAUUCUCGACCGAUCCAAUGUAAUUUUGUUUUGCAAAAUUUUUUCAACACAAUGCGAACUAUGUACCCGGGAUUGUUACGAAUUUUAUCAGAUUGUUGUAUAUUGUACCUCUCCCAAAUAUGGUUGUUAGAAGUGUUUAUUAGCCUUUUUCUUGAACACAUUAAACAAUCUUAUAAAACCGUGAUUUUAUUUUUGAAGAUAGUAAUUUAUCGGAUCAAAAAGCAUCAGCGAUUAUCAAUAUUUUAAUUCAUUCAGACUGACUUUCUAAAAAUAAAUAAUAUAGAAUCUGGAACAGAUUGAUUAUUUAUGUAAAUUAAUAAAUUUUGAAAGUGCUUUGUAACUAUUGCCAAACAAAAAUCUCUGGAAAUGCAUUUUAUUUUUUUUUUUUAACAGCUGUGAAUGAAGCCAAACUUUAAAUUUGAUUAUUGACAAUGGGAAAGAUUUGGAUGGGAAGUAUCCGCAGAUUUUUGUUAUUUUUCAUGUACAGUCAAAGAGCUUUUGACUUUAGAGUUUUCAAAGUUCAAUUUAAAUGAAUGUUGUAUAGAAGGAUAAUUUUGAUUGAGUGAAAAUUUGAUUUUCGAAUUAUAAUUUCUAUGAAUGUUUUCAAUGGUUUACAGCAAGUACGACUUUUAGACUUUGGCUUUUAUUUAAAACCUUAGCACCUCUCGCACUAUAGAUGUAAACUGUCGCGUGAAGUAUUCAAAGGUCAUAUGGUCUCAAGCUAUCGAAAUUAGCGAAUCAAAUUAUGACUAAAAUUGUUGUUGAAGCUUUUAUGUAUAUUGUAAAGUGAAUGGUGCGAAAUAAAAUAAAAGACUGAAUAUCUUCCGAUUAAAGUAGAA